AUGGGUCAACGGCUAGCACCCGUACUGGCCAUUGCCUACAUACGAUUGCUUCGUCGCCUGCUCAACCCAAAANUUUCGGUCUCCCAAGUCAUGACGUUGGUCAAGGAGUGUCUGGACUGCCCUAUAUUUGGGUGGUCACGGCGACACUUCAAGCAGAUCAGGGGUUUAGCUAUGGGUCAACGGCUAGCACCCGUGCUGACCAUUGCCUACAUGUCAAAAAUUGAAAACCCCGUUUUGGAUCGCCGGCCUGUCCUCUACUGCCGCUACGUAGACGAUUGCUUCGUCGCCUGCUCAACCCAAAAAGAAAUGGACACCUGCUUCGAAUUGCUGAACAGCCAGGCUGACAAAAUACGGUUCACACGAGAGAAGCCAAAUGAUAAGUGGUUGCCGUUCCUCAACAUGCACGUUCAGCUUGAGCGAGGCUUCCUGCGAACAAAAUGGUACAUCAAGCCCACCAGGAAGAAUAUUUUAGUCCAUUUUAGGUCGGCGCAUCCACGCAAAAUCAAGCGGGCUAUCACGGCGAAUAUGAUCAGAACUGCGAAAAUGGCCUCAUCGAGGGGCCAAGAUCAAGUAGAAUCCGUGGAAUUCGCUAGAAAGGUGGCUCUUUCCAAUGGGUAUCCCCUGAGGAACCAGCACUAUGGCAGACCACCCCAACGGAAACCACACGAGUCAAGAACUGAGAAUUCGGAGAAGGUGCCUUUUUGCCUACCUUUCUUUUCGGACUCCGUCAGUCUAUACGUGUGA